AUGGAGGAGCUGACGGCUUUUGUAUCCAAAUCUUUUGACCAGAAAAGCAAAGAGAGCAGCGGCGGCGGCGGCGGCGGCGGAGGCAAGAAGGACUCCAUCACGUACAGGGAAGUUUUGGAGAGCGGACUGGCCCGCUCGCGGGAGCUGGGGGGCUCGGAUUCCAACCUCCAGGACAUAACGGAGGGCAGCGGCCACUGUCCGGUGCAUCUCUUUAAGGACCACGUGGACAACGACAAGGACAAACUGAAAGAGUUCGGCACGGGGAGGGCUGCGGAAGGUAUUUACGACUGCAAGGACAAGCGCGAGGACGUGAAGUCAGAGGACGAGGACGGGCAGACGAAGCUGAAGCAGCGGCGCAGCCGCACCAACUUCACGCUGGAGCAGCUGAACGAGCUGGAGCGGCUCUUCGACGAGACGCACUACCCCGACGCCUUCAUGCGCGAGGAGCUCAGCCAGCGCCUGGGGCUCUCUGAGGCGCGCGUGCAGGUUUGGUUCCAGAACCGGAGAGCCAAGUGCAGAAAGCAAGAGAACCAGAUGCACAAAGGCGUUAUCCUGGGCACCGCCAGCCACCUGGACGCCUGCAGGGUGGCUCCCUACGUGAACAUGGGUGCGCUAAGGAUGCCUUUCCAACAGGUCCAGGCGCAGCUGCAGCUGGAAGGCGUGGCGCACGCUCACCCGCACCUGCACCCGCACCUGGCGGCUCAUGCGCCCUACCUGAUGUUCCCGCCGCCGCCCUUUGGGCUGCCCAUCGCGUCCCUGGCCGAGUCGGCCUCGGCGGCCGCCGUGGUGGCCGCCGCCGCCAAGAGCAACAGCAAGAACUCCAGUAUCGCCGACCUGCGGCUGAAGGCACGCAAGCACGCGGAGGCCUUGGGGCUCUGACCCGCCGCCCGGCUCCGCCCCCA